UGGUCAGGGGCUUGCAUGGGCACACCCUCCCUCCAUGCCCCAGCCACCCAGCCACUGGCCAAUGGGCUGCUGGGAAAGAUCGAAUGUCCCUAUAACAUGAGUGUGUGCGAGGGCAGGCAGUGCCUACAGCUGUCCUAUCCUCAGGGAGCUCCAGCCCUUCUCAGUCUCAACCAACCACAGGAACAGCCCACCUCCACCAUGUCUGACGAGGAAGUUGAACAGGUUGAGGAGCAGUACGAAGAGGAAGAAGAGGCCCAGGAGGAAGAAGUCCAUGAGGAAGCCCAUGAAGUUCAUGAACCAGAGGAAGUCCAAGAAGAGGAGAAGCCAAGACCGAAACUCACGGCUCCUAAGAUCCCAGAAGGGGAGAAAGUAGACUUCGAUGACAUCCAGAAAAAGAGGCAGAACAAAGAUCUCAUGGAGCUGCAAGCCCUUAUUGACAACCACUUUGAAGCCCGGAAGAAGGAGGAGGAGGAGCUGGUCGCGCUCAAGGAGAGAAUUGAGAAGCGCCGUGCAGAAAGGGCUGAGCAGCAGAGGAUCCGCGCCGAGAAGGAGCGGGAACGCCAGAACAGACUGGCGGAGGAGAAGGCCAGGAGAGAGGAGGAGGAUGCCAAGAGGAGAGCUGAGGAUGACCUAAAGAAGAAGAAGGCUUUAUCCUCCAUGGGAGCUAACUACAGCAGCUACCUGGCCAAGGCUGACCAGAAGAGAGGCAAGAAGCAGACGGCCCGGGAGAUGAAGAAGAAGAUUCUGGCAGAGAGACGCAAGCCACUCAACAUUGACCACCUCAGUGAGGACAAGCUGAGGGACAAGGCCAAGGAGCUCUGGGACACUCUGCACCAACUUGAGACUGACAAGUUCGAGUUCGGGGAGAAGCUGAAACGGCAGAAAUACGAUAUUAUGACUAUGCGGGCCAGAGUGGAGAUGCUAGCCAAGUUCAGCAAGAAGGCUGGUGCCACCGCCAAGGGCAAAGUUGGUGGGCGGUGGAAGUAAAGGAGCCAAGCGGCGCCCUGUGGCAGAGUCCCCCGGCCCUGACUCACUCCAGGGCCCCUUCCUGCAACACUGAAUCCUCCAACCCCCACACCCAAGGCUCCUUCUGGGGCUCUGGGAUGAUGCUGGGGGUGGAGAGACCACACUCAUCCCCUCUGCCCUCACUGCUCCCAUCCCCUGGGGUCUGUGAAUUAAAGUUAUCAGUCCCCCCUCCA